UGAGAGGGUGAUGUGCCAGGACCUCCACUUAUUCACAGAUGACUAGAUGUUUCCAGUCUGAGUGCAAAACACAGCACAGUUUGAAUAACUUCCUGAAAAACUAUUUUUCAUUUUACUCUGACUUCCACCAAAAUGUCAGGGGACUCUCUGGUAGCUGGAUCCUUUGUGGUAGCAGACUAUGUGGUGUUUGCUCUCAUGCUAGUGGUGUCUGCUGCCGUCGGGGUCUACUAUGCCUGGUCGGACAGGGGCCAGGAAAGCUCCGGGGACUUCCUAAUGGGGGGCCGCAGGCUGACAGCCCUGCCCGUCUCCCUGUCUCUGACCGCCAGCUUCAUGUCAGCCAUCACAGUGCUGUCCAACCCAGCUGAGGUGUACCGCUAUGGAGCCAGUAUUGGAUUUUAUGCUCUCUCCUAUGUAAUGACGAUGGUGGUCACAUCUGAGGUCUUUCUCCCAGUCUUCUACAGGCUCGCCAUCACCAGCACUUAUGAGUACCUGGAACUGCGAUUCAACAGAGCAACCCGUCUGCUGGGAACUGUGCUCUUCAUUGUUCAGACAAUCCUCUACACUGGAAUUGUCAUUUAUGCUCCAGCUCUUGCUUUAAACCAAGUAACUGGUAUGGAUCUGUGGGGUGCAGUCAUUUCCACAGGCGUGGUCUGUACCUUUUACUGCACAAUGGGUGGUCUAAAGGCUGUGGUGUGGACAGAUGUGUUUCAGGUUGGUGUCAUGCUUGCAGGCUUCCUGUCUGUCAUCAUCAGGUCUGUGAUCUUACAAGGUGGAGUCUACCGCAUCAUUACAGAUUCACAACAAGGAGGAAGACUCAACUUUUGGGACUUUGACACAAACCCUCUGAGGAGACACACUUUUUGGACCAUAACCAUUGGAGGGACCUUUGUCUGGGUCAGUAUCUAUGGGAUCAACCAGGCCCAGGUUCAGAGAUACAUCUCCUGCAAGAGCAUCACACAUGCCAGACUAUCUCUGUACAUCAACCUGUUAGGUCUGUGUUCCAUCCUGCUGUCUUCAGUGUUUGCAGGAAUGUGCCUCUACUCAGUCUAUAAGAACUGUGACCCAUGGACAGCUAAAAGGGUUUCAGCUCCAGAUCAGCUGAUGCCAUAUUUGGUGAUGGACAUCUUGGGAGACUAUCCUGGUCUUCCUGGGCUGUUUGUUGCAGCAGCAUAUAGCGGAUCUCUAAGCACAGUGUCCUCCAGCAUCAAUGCAUUAGCUGCAGUAACUGUAGAGGACCUGAUCAAACCGUACACUCAGAUGUCUGAGAAGCACCUGUCCUGGAUCUCAAAAGGACUGAGUGAGUGGAUUGUCCUCAUGUACAGUAUGUGCUGUAUGUCAGCUGAACAAGUUGUUUCUUUAUUAGUGUCUGGCACAAUGUUGUUUGCAGGUCUCUUAUAUGGAGUUUUAUGUAUUGGAAUGGCUGGACUGGCCUCACUCAUGGGAGGGAUCUUACAGGCAGCCAUCAGCAUCUUUGGGAUCACUGGAGGUCCUUUACUUGGGCUGUUCACAUUGGGUAUCUUCUGUCCAUUUGCCAAUUGCAAAGGAGCUUUGUCAGGUCUUCUGUCAGGAUUAGUCGUAUCUCUGUGGGUGGGCAUCGGAGCCCAAAUAUACCCUCCCCCUCCUGAGAUGACCCGACCACUGUCACUGACCACUCAGGGUUGUAACUUCACUACUGCAGACAACUUCAACUGGACCUCUACCUCUCUGCCAAGAUCCAUCACCACAUCCCCUGUACAGAACAGUGAUGCCAAGCAUCUACUGGCAGAUAACUGGUACUCUCUGUCCUACCUUUACUUCAGUCCCAUUGGAACCAUAACAGCUAUCAGUGUGGGACUGAUAGUCAGCCUGUUUACAGGAGGCUUGAAGCUGAAAUUGGAAUCGAGGCUUACUUUAAUGAAGGAAGACACAACUUUCUAUUACCUAUUCAAGUUUUUCCAACGCAAAGUCGUGAGACGAACAGGGAAGCUUGACCUGACAAAGGACAGAGAGAAGAAAUUUGGCAGCACUAAUCCUGCUUUCUGUGAUGUUGAGCUGGACUUAACAAAAAGCAGCAUUCCUACAUGAAAUGCAACAAAUGUUUGUUAUAAAAUUUCUGAAUCGUCAUCAUCAAUCUAUGGUCUAAUACAAGAAAUGUUGAUGAAGGAAUUGAACUAGAAAAUAAAUGGCAUGGCUAUCUAUAAGUUAUUACAAAAUAUCACUGCUUAAAAUAAAACUUUGUUGAGCUCUUAUUUUUGGGCACACUCCAAAGACAUCAGGUCAGGUUAACUUUAACUGCCUAUAAAUAUGAAUGUGAGUGUAAAUGGUUGUCUGUUUAUAUUUGUUAGCCCUGUGAUAGACUGGUAACUACACAGGGUAAAUGGGUAUAGAAUCUAUACCCAUUUACCCUGUGCAGUUACCAGAAGGGUGGGUUUAUUUUUGUUCUCGAUCACAUUACAGGCCCUUCAAGACAUUUGGAUGUGUGCUUACAAAUAUAGGGUGGAUAUAUAUGAACCCUGAUCUGAAUAACCCUUUGAAAUUGAACACUACAUUACCUGGCCUGAUAAAAUAUUGAUUCAGGCAUUUUACAGUUGAAAAUGUGACAUCUGGCCUGACAAACUGUUUGGAGAAUAAUCCACGAUACUAUUCAUAGUAAAUGUCUCAAUUCCUCAAAUGUUUUUUUUUUCUUUUCAUUUUCUUUAAUGACUAAACGUACUGUUAUAUAGAUUACCUAAUCUGUGUACAGUAGGUGUGUGUGUGUGUGUAUGUUUAUAUCUGUGGCUGUAAAUCAAUGUCUAGUCUUGGCCCGUUCAUUUUAUUUACCUGCUGAAUACUGACAAGAACACACACACACACACCCAGUAUAUGAAACGUAUGUUUGUUUUGCUGCUGUUAAGUGUUGAAUGAGAAGAUUGUUGUGGAUAUUUCUGAGCGAUGGUCAACACUUCAGUGAAGAGAAGCACACACGAGCCUUUAAUGUUUUAAUGCUGAGAACUGUAAACAGCGAACAUCCAAGUUGGUGUAACUCGGAUGCUGUCUCUUCCCGUUCUGCCCUCUGACAGUCUGAGUGUUAGUAUGUAACCCAAGCAGAUUGGCCUACGAUAUGAAAAAUUAGUCUAAUUGGUCCAUUGAUUUCUAUUUGGCUACACAUUCCACCUAUCUUUGUUGUCCAGAAGGGUCCUCUCUGGCCUUAGCUUACCAUGGCAAUGCUGAUAUACUCUUUUAUCAGAGAGGUUUCUGCUUUCACCAAUACAUCACAGACAACUGAUGUCUCGAGGAGAGAUUAAGAAUUACAGCGUGGCCUCAAGGCGUCGUCUUGACCCAAUGUCACUCCAACCUGUAACACCUAAAGAUGGAAAAUUCCAUAACAAAGAUGAUGUACCAGGAUUUCCAUAUAAGCACAUCCAACAGUUUGAAUAACCUUCUGAAUAGUUUUAGCACAGUUAUAUUCUUUCAAGAUGAAAAGACAAUGAAACAGCAGUAAGCCAUUUGUGGUGAUGAUUCUGUGCUCAUGAUCCACCAAAAUUGUGAAGGAAACUCAAGGAUAUGUUUCAGCUUUCUUUUUUUAAUGAAUGGUUUUACGGGAAAUAAAACUGAAAAAUAUCACAGAUAUUACUGAUAAAGAUAAACUGUUUCUCACUAUGAUUCACAUGCUUUGGCCCUGAUUUGCAUAACUUCUGGAGUUCAUUGCUUACAACACACGCAUCGAACCAAAUCCUUUAACAGCCGUUUUUAGAGUAACACCUGAGAACGCUGCCUGGUCUACGAAUAUUUACAAUGCUGUUGCAUUUACCUGACUGUUCUCUGGUCAUCUUAUCCUAUUUGAUUUCAGAUUCAGUUUCACCGUCAGGUGAUUGAAAGAUGUCAUGUUUCAUUUAAAACUAGAGAAAAUCAAAUCACCUUGAGUGAUUAACGGUGCCCCUUAUGUACAGGUAUUUACGGUCCUGUGAAUAAGUUGUAUUAACAUUUUUUUUUUUUUACUUUUGUGUAUGAGUAGUUUCUUUCUUUCUAAAUUGUUGUGCAUAUUCUUAUAUACGGAAGCUGAGAAUGGCCCUGUUUUUUAAAAUUAUUUAUUUCCAUUAUUUUUUUAAUGCUGUUAAUGCCGAGAUCACAAAUUAAUAUAUCUCGUUAUCUCGAGAAAACAAAAGGCCAGUUUCUCAAGAUAACAUGAUCAUUUAUAUAUAGCUCUUAAGGACAUGAGUUCAAAUCUGUCAUGUGUUGGCUCUUAUUCCCUCUCUCCACCCCACUUUCCUUUCUCUCAACAAGUCCAAUAAAAUGAAAAUGCCUGAAAGGUAUUGUUUGGUACUUCUACUGUACAUGAAACAUCCUGUCAUAUUAUUACCAGGAGUCACUGCCAUUUGGCUGUGACACAGAUGUCAUUACAUGAAGGUGCUGUUAACAAUGUGUUUUCCUUGAUCUGUUACAUUUUCAGCUUAAAUCAGUUGUUACAGUUGUCAAGAAGUCGUCUAUACAUGCUGCCAUGGUGCUCCUGAUCUCUGAUUCUAAAUAAUAAGAGGGAACAACCUUUUGUUUUCUCUUGAUAACAGGUCACUGUUGCUCUGUCCAGUAAAAACAUGAAGCUUCACUUAACAUUCAGACAAACUAAUGUGGCAGCUACAAUUGUUAGAUUUGAUCUCUGAGACCAACAUUUACCCACCUCGAUAAGAGGACUGACAGAUUGCAUUUUCAUUUUGACACCAAAAGAGUGUGGUGACAUGUAAAUGUACAUGCAAUAGACUGGGGGUGCUGUGCAUUUUAAUAUUGUCCACUGUGCAGCCGAUUAAGUCUUUGAAAAUGAAAUGUUAAAUGCUGUUUUCAUUUUCAUUUUCAAAUGGUUAGAAAAUUGCAUUUUAAUUUUA